GGCAUGCAGUCAGUGUAAGAGAUUCCGCGUCGCACCAGCUCCAGCGAAUCAAACCAAGUUUCUCUCUCUCUCUAUCAACAAAUAAAUUCAUAAUUGUAACGGAUUUUAACCGAAACUUGAAUCGUUCAGUUUUUACAAGCAUUAUGCAGUCCAGUUUUGUGUUAGCGAUUGUCUUGGCCGGCGUUGCGCUGGUCGCUGCUCGUCCAGAGCCACCGCGUGAUACGUACAGCGCCCCACCGUCGAGCAGCUAUCAGCCGAGCGGACCCAGCGGCGGCUACGGCGCACCUGCACCACAAUAUGGACCACCACAGCAGCCGCCAGUGGUGCACAAGCAUGUCUACGUUCAUGUGCCGCCACCAGAGCCAGAGUACCAGGCCCCCAGGAAACCUGUGUAUGUGCCACCACCACAGAAGCACUACAAGAUUGUGUUCAUCAAGGCACCAUCACCACCAGCACCAACUGCUCCAAUCAUUCCACAGUUCCCACAGAACGAGGAGAAGACUUUGGUCUAUGUGCUAGUCAAGAAGCCAGAGGAGCAGCCAGAUAUUGUUAUUCCAACACCGGCGCCAACACAGCCCAGCAAGCCCGAAGUCUACUUCAUUCGCUACAAGACCCAAAAGGAGGAGACUGGACCCUACCCGAAUGCCAUUGCACCACCCUCGGAAUAUGGUGCACCCGCUGGCCCACCAGCCCCAUCGGCGCCCAGCAGCUCCUAUGGAGCACCUUCCCAUUAAACGAACCAACUCUGCCAUCUCUGGCCACCCAUCCUCCCCCUCUCCACUUCGAGUUAAACUUUACUGAUUUUUUACUCAUUUUUUUAUUCAUAACGAAAAAAAGAACAAAAAAAAAAAAAAUCAUUUUGACGUGUGACAAAAUUUACGAAUUAUCAUUUUAUAUAUGUAUAGAAUAUGCCCCGAUCCCUAUCAUUAUUAUUGUUGUUUCUUAUGUAAUUUUUUACCUCUAAACAUUCUCCGCAUAGGCUGUUUGUUUCAAAUUGUUUUUGCCUAAUCUUAAGUAUUUAGUUCUUUAAGCACAUGCGUUAUACAUACGAUUAUCAGUUAUACAUAUAUAUAUAGACCAUAUAUAUAUCUAUAUACUUGAUAUGCAUUUCAACUAGGCAAAUAUUAACUACGAAUAUUUCAGUAAAUUGUUGUUGUUGAACGCGAACGAAGAAGGCAAUGAAAAAGCUACAAAAAAAAUAAUAAAUGAA